AUGGCUACCCCUAGCGUUCUAGACUUUGAUGCUGAGGGUCGGGCUGUUGAUUUUGAGGUCUGGGUCGAUGAUCUACACCUUUUCCUACAGUGCGAUAGGAAGGACGGUCUCUCACUAUUCGAUCUCACGUCUAGCGCCUCUGCUGCCCCUGCUGCCGAUGCUAACAGCACUGUUCGCUCACAGUGGGCCACAUGGGAUGCUGCUGCCCGUCUUGCUGUGCGUAGUCACUUGCCGUCAACUGAGCGCGCGCACUUUAGUCAGUACAAGAGUGCUAAGUCCUUGUACGAUGCUGUAGUUGCACGCUACUCUUCCCCUGCCACUGCUGCCCUUAGCCGCCUCAUGCUUCCGUACCUGUUUCCUGACCUCGCCGCCUUUCCCACAGUCGCUGACCUCAUUACGCACCUUCGCACUAGUGACACCUGCUACCGCGCUGCGCUUCUUGCUGAGUUCUGCGCCAAGAACCACCCCCCCCCCCCCAUGUACAUCACCCUCUACUACAUAGUCACCUGGCUCCCUGACUCCCUUCGCUCAGUCAAGGACCACUUCCUCUCUGUUUGCCCCACCACGCUCACCGUUGACCUCCUCGAGGAGCGCCUCCUGGCAGCUGAGAAGAGGAUGGUGGCUGUAGGAGCCUCUCGUGGUGACCCUCGUGCCCCCUUCUUUGAGGGGUGCUCCCCCUCCCCCCAUUUGCCCUCUGUUGCCUCUGCUGCUGCCGUCGACUUCGUUGGCACCGAGCCGGUCGGCGCUGCGUCUGCCCCUAGCGGGAGACGCCGCACCGGCAAUGGUCGGGGGUUUCUAUCUUUGAUCUAG